UAAAAGCUUAAGCCAAAACACAUGUCAUAUUCCAAAUAGUGUUCUUAGUUGAAGCCACGAACAUUACAGACCAUUACGUACCCACAAGAUUUCAUCAACUUGAUCUAAUCUCCUUUGGUUAUAUACUUAUAUUGUACCAAAAAGCAAGCACCAGCGCAAGUAUAUAUGAUUAAAGCAAUGAUGAAACGAACCCAGGAGGUGUUGUUUUUUCUGAUUCUGGCUUUGUUCUACAAGGCCACCGGCAUGAAGCCUUGCUCUAAGCCCCCGCAAGUCGACUGUGACGGCUUCUGUUUGAGCUGGAGACUGGCGGUGGAGGCCAACAAUGUGCGUGGGUGGCGCACCGUGCCAACCCAGUGCUUGCACUAUCUCGAAACAUACAUGAUUGGAGGACAGUACGACCGCGACAUAGAAUUCAUUGUUGGUGAAAUUAUGAGUUACGUAAACGGAAUCGUUCCCUCGGAUGAUGGCAUGGAUGCAUGGAUCUUGGAUGUGGACGACACUUGCAUAUCCAAUGUCUUAUACUACAAGGGAAAGAGAUACGGGUGUGACCCUUACGAUCCAUCGGGGUUCCGAGCAUGGGCUAUGUCUGGAAAGUGUCCGGCAAUUCCUGCCAUGCUGAGAUUGUUUAGCAACCUGGUGAAUAUGGGGUUUAAGGUUAUUUUGCUUACUGGAAGGGAUGAAGAAACACUUGGUCAAGUCACUAUCGAAAACCUGAAUAAUCAAGGAUUUGUUGAUUAUGAACGGUUGAUUUUGAGGACCGAAGCUUACAAAGGGCAGGGCGCGGUGGCGUACAAGUCAGCGAUUCGGAAGCAACUGGUGGAAGAAGGUUACAGGAUAUGGGGGAAUGUAGGAGAUCAAUGGAGUGAUCUUCACGGAGAUUAUAUAGGCAACCGCACGUUUAAGCUUCCUAAUCCCAUUUUGGCAAGUGAUUUCACAAGUAAGAAAGUACAUGCAGUAAACCAGAAUAUGUAAAGGCCAGGUCAUGCUACCAGCAACAAAUUAUAUUCUGAAUAAACCCUGGAAGUUCAAGUAUUUUGAGUACAGCAUUAUCCAUCUUCCAUGGUUCAAGAGAUUUAAUACAAGGUUCUCUUUUAAUUGAAAGAAGGAAGUAAUACUUCUGGGCUGAUGUGCUUCACCCCUUUUCUAUUGGACCAUAGUUU